GCAGCGGCAGAGAGCCGUUAAGAAAUGUUGGGCAGCCGGGAAGCAGGCGCCGCUGGCGGACAGGAAGCGGCCCCCGGGCCGGUGGGCCCCCCGGGGCCUCCUCACCCGGAGCCCCGCGGGCAGGACAGGACCCCCGUGCGGGCAGGGCGGCGUGUCGGCGGGCUGGUCAGCUGGAGGCAGCAUCCGGUCAGGACGUCAGCCCUGUUUGCUGCAGCCAACGCGGUGAUGUGGUUUGUUGCCUUCAGCUCUUUUCGGAUCUACAGCCUUAUUUCCAUCCUGUUGGUUCUGUUGGUCGUCACGAUAACCGCCAGAGAUGCUGUUUGGACCAGAACCAAAGGAGCUCAUGUGUGGCGCAGCUUGACCAGCAGUUGGGAGAUCAUUGAUUCGGGGCAGGAAAGCCGGUCCAGAACCGGACCUCAGCUCGGUGAGUCCCUGAGACUUUUCAUCCAGGAGACGUCGGCGUUCAAACAGCAAAACCCUGGCAAGUUCUGCCUGCUGGUUUGCAGUCUCUGCACCUUCUUCGCUGUCUUGGGUCGCUACGUUCCAGGAAUCGUUAUCUCCUACAUCAUAUUGCUGGGUUUUUUCCUGUUGCCUUUGAUUUCAUCUCAAGACAAAAGUUUGUGGCUGAAGCCAGUUCUGCAGAAGCUGGACUUCGGCAUCGGGCAAUUUUUUCAUAAAAUCAAGCAGAACCAUGAGAAGAGACUCGUUCAGGCUCAGAUGGAGAGAGAAGGCGUCGAAUCCGACCUUUCUUCAAUGUUUCCCAAGCUCGACUCCACGGUGUGUAAAGACAUGUCGGUGUCAGAUACUGAAGUGUCUGACGUGACGUGGACGGAUAACGGCACUUUCAACCUGUCAGAGGGACACACUCCGCAGACGGAGAACUCAGAAGAUCUUGAUAAAGAGGAAUUGUUCACCGCUGGGCUCCCAGAUUUUCCUUCCCUUGAUAACGGCACAAUAACCAACGGUGACGAUGACCUCAGUCUUGACCUUUCCUUACCUCCAACUAAACCAAUCAAAUCAAAGCGAUCGCCUCCUCCAUCACACGAAGGCCAACCGAGCGACAGCGUCCUGGAACUGGUCAACCAGAUGACCGGCGACGUUAUCGCCGCCGCCGUUACGUCCGCCAUCCAGGAGAGGAUAGAGGCCGCAGUCGGCUGCUUGGCUCUGAGCGAAGACCCCGAGAGGUCAAGGCCUCCGGAUUCGAGCCGGCUGCUGGACCUAGCCGAGGAGUCUGACAGCGAGGUGGAGGUUGAGCUGCUGGACCAGUCUGAGCUGGAGCAACUGGAAGGAGAGCUCGGGUUGGUAGAGGAGAAGACGAAACCCAAAGAGGAGGAACCGGCCCAGACAGACAAACCAGUGUCUGGAUUCUUCUCUAAACUCCUCAGACGCCACUGACUGGUGAAAAGUUCGGCAGUGGAGGGUAGAUGGUCAUGAAAGACAAUCAGAGUUUCUGUCACUUUUGGCUUCUUUUUGAGGAGAAAAUAUUACAAUUUGUAUCUUCUAGAGUUAGCAUUUACAUUUGAAACAUCUGUUUCAGCACAUGUGCAGCAGAGGCUCACUUACCCUAGUGCAAAUGUGGAUCUCAUCAUGAUGUGGAGGUUCUUA